CGAGAGAGGAGCUGUGUCGUUUUUCGCUUUUCUGUCCUGUCGUCGUGGAGAGUUUCUUCGUUGAUAUGUUGUGGCCGCGCCUGCUCGACUGAUUGUUUCAUCUGGUCUGUCUAUACAGGAAGUAUUAAAGUGCGUGAUUUUCAACCUUCCUAAUACCGAUGAAGAGCAAGAAGAGAACGAAAAUUUCUAAUCAUCGUUCUCGAAUAAAAAUAGAAUGGCUCCCCACCAGUCCAAGCCUGUUCCGCCGAAGAAGCCGGCGAACAUUGUCCUCUUUGCGGCGGAGUGGCGGCAGAUUUUAGCGACCAAGAAACUGUACCACGCGACGGUGCAAGAGCGGAGAAAGAACAGCAAAAACGUUGACGACCAAGCUCCUCGUCCCGGAACUGCCACCCCCGAGCAGCAAGACCACGAUGCAUCUGAGGAGACAGAAGAAUCGCUCCUCUCGCUGCUCUUCCAGUCUGCGGAGGAAAUUAUUUCCGCGUUGUUUUACCUGGCCAAGAUCUGCGUGAAGGAAGUCGGCGAAGCGGUGGUACAGAUCAGCUGGUGGUUCUUCGACAAACUCCUCAACUUGCUGGAGCUACUUUGCAAAUUUCGGUCGCGAGGGAGCCGCUUUCUGCAUGGUGGAGCAGGAGGGAAGCAAGAUCAUAAAAACGCCGGAACGAAGGAUGGAGCACAACUUGGCGAGGGAAACAAGAUUCCGCUCUCCCAGACCGUGUUCUUGUUCUUCAUCGCACUCAUCGCAGGUAGUCAAAAAAAAGUUGUGCUGAAAACUAGUGCUAAUGUUUCUUUCGUUGAGUUUCGCAACCAGCAACCAGCAACUACAUCGCCAUGCGUAUAAUGCUUUAUUUUGACAACAUGCAAUGAAGUAGACUCUGUCUACUGUAGAAGUUCUGCUACAUGUUACUAUUUCGAUGCCUGCUCCGUCAAAGACAGCACCAGUCACCAGGAAGCGAAUAAAGAAUUACUUCGGUACACUACACUUCCUUUCGUCUUCCCAGGUAUCCUGUACGUCGCUGCGCUGGAGUACUCCAAGAUUGUUCUCGCGAACGAGGCUUUGCGAGCGGUCGUUGACGUGAAGUGGUUCAAGACGAUCUUUAACAUCCUGUUCUCCCUCACGGCCUACGCCUACACGAAGGGCGUCACCACGUCCCCGGGCUACGUGUCCGAUGACCCGGCUGAGUUCGCGAACUGGAAGAGCGAGUUACACGCCAUCAAAUUUGCGCACGAGCGAAAAAAGAAGGCGUACUCCAAGAAGGAAAUGGACCGGCUGAACAAGGAAUACUCGGAUUAUUUCGACGUGGAAAAGAACGCAGCUGCUGCAGGUGCAGACGAUUCAACGAAAGAUAUUCUGACGGAACAGGGCAGGACGGCGAAAAUUCGGUAUUGCCAGAAGGAAAGGAUCUUCAAACCAGACCGCGCCCACCACUGUCGCGUGACCGGGAAGAAUAUUAUGCGGAUGGAUCACCACUGCCCCUGGAUGCUGAAUACGGUGGGCCUGAAGAACCAGAAGUUUUUCUACCUCUUUGUCCUGUACGCAACCGUCUCCUGCGACUACCUGUUCACGCAUCUCUUGCAUCUCAUGCUGCAAACGAACGGCGGAACAGCGUCGGGUACUGCUGGAUUUUUGUUCGAUGGUUUUUCCUCCUCCUCGUCGACCCACCUCGGCUGGCUGGCGAGCUGGUUACUCGGGCUUCGGACCCCGUUCUCCGCACCGGAGCAAGUGGCUGAUUUCUCUGUCGGGACAGCUACCUCGCUGCUGAGCAACAUGCCGACAUCGUCUUACAUCAUUCUGGCGCAGGGAGCGCUGCUGUCGGGGUUUUUGAGUCUGGCUUUGAAUCCAUUCCUCGUCGUGCACACGUACUUCAUGUGCAAAAACAUGACGACGUUGGAGUUUUUCGAGCAGUACUAUGUGGAGGACAAAAGUAAAUCUUCUGCUAGAACUGAAGAAAACCAGAACGCGACGCGAGAAGGAGGUUCUUCUGAGGUAGCCGAGGUCGUCGAGGGAACAAAAACCACUCCACCCGGCAUCGCGAUUCACGACGGAAAGGCAAAACAGCUCGACGACUUCCUGCUAACAAUUUCGGAUCAGGGUGAUAAAACGAAGGAAACGGAGGAAAAACCAACACACCAGAGCAACACGGCUGCUUCAUCUGCGGAGAAUAGUGAAAAAUCAUCGGUGCAGAAGAUAAAUCCCUACGAUCUCGGUAUCUACGAUAAUAUCAGCCAGGUGAUGGGGACGCGCAACUUCCUCUUUUGGCUGCUACCAUUUGUGGACAGUUACGAGCAAGUGGAGGAAAGCAAGGAAAAAACAGCCACAACCUCCAAAACGAGGCCACCACCAAAAGCUGGGGAAGAUCGUCAUGCAAGUAGACGAAUAGGUUACUGGUUUCCGCGAAACGACGGGAAGGGACAGUUGGAGCAAGAGUUAGAUCGCCUGGAGAAGAAGAUCGCAUCAAGAACUAAACCAACAGCUCGUCCAGACGGCGGCCAAAGUAGGCCUGAAGAUGAAGCUGCCUCCGCUAGUGACGACGAGGACGACGACGUGGUGGAGCAGUCGGACCUGUCCCGCAGUAGUUUGUUUUUGAACGGGUCAGACUUCCUCCGCAUGACGGACUAUCGGAAAAACCCUCAUCACACAGCAACAAACCCAGAAGGAGAAAGAGGUCAAAGCAGUCCGAGAAGACUGAACUUCGGAAACCGCAGUCACGUGCUGAAAAGGCCGAUAGAAUAUGGCAGUAAAGAUGUGAACAAAAAGAACCACAUCCAGCACAGUGGAAACAGUUUGCCGCAACCGCCGCGUCCUUUUCAUUUCUACACCUCUCCGGAUCCGGACGUGAGUGUGAACCGGUUUUACAACAGAAAUGCGGACGCAGAAUUCGAAGAGGAGAUGGACAACAGUGCAAUCAACAUGUCUACCGCGGCGUGGCACGAUAGUGGACGUCAGAAUCUUCAUGACGACGAUGUUCUUCAUGCGCAAGUUCAUGGGCCACCAGCUGCUUCGAGAAGCAACAAAAACAUCAACCAAAAUAAACGGGAACGCCUACUGCUUUCCUCGUCUUCUGAAGAGAUGCAGCAGCUGAAUCUCUCCAAGUCGUCCUCGUUUCUGAGCCAGUCCAAAGAAGAGAAGCACGAAUCGGUGAACAACUUUAUCUUCACCAGAGAUGCAGGCCGGGAUAUCAUGCAACAGAAAAAAAGUUCGAGGAAGAUGAAACGAGAACUACACAGGGAGCAACAACCGGCAGCGAUUAUUGCGAAAGGAGCUGGUACUGGUAGUCCCGGUAGCAAAAAGCAGGGCGUCGAAACUAAACCCAAAACCUCUUUCGGCAUCUUCAAAGCGGUCGUCUCGGAGACCGUUGAUGACGUGUUUGCGGGAGCGGAAUACGCCUGGGACUCGAUUAUGGCGUUUUAGCCCUUCGGAGUAGAGAGAGCGUCCACGUGCUCUCACAAUCUUUGCUGUGCUUCUGAAAGAGGAAGGGUUCUUUGCUGUGCUUCUGCAGCAUUGCUUUCUUGCGUAAAAACGUAGAUUUGUUUACCAACCCUACCGGGGAGGUCUCUUGCUGCCUAUCAAUAAGCGGUUGCAUGAAAAAAGCACGGAAAAGAGAUAAUCCAAGAUAACCUAAGUAGCGAGUGAUCAUCUCUUUGAUUACAAGCAACCUCGCGACUGGAGCUACCUUUUGUGAUUUUGUUUCAAUAGUACCUGUAGAACCUUCGGACAGGAUGAAGAUCUGUUUAUUCAGAAUUAAGAGAAAAAAAUACGCUGUAACAGUAACUGUACAAUUUCAGAAGAUGGUUCUUUCUGUCGUACCUAAAGGUUUUGUGCAAAAAAGAAAAACGCAGUAGAUAAGAUCGCGUUUGAAGGUUGCCGGAUAACAAUGAUGGCAGGCUGCAGGAUAGAAGGGAUUUUGCCAGUGCGGACGACGCAGAU